UUUGACAACUGUUUGACGUCUAUUUGUUUUGAUAUUUUAAAAAUAUAUAAGUUAGCAUAGAAGAAACUAGAUAAUCAUGUCCUCACCGGCCCCAAAAUCCCCAGAACAGACUGAUAAAAGCAAGAAAUAUGACCGACAAUUGAGACUCUGGGGGGACCAUGGUCAAAAACUCCUGGAAAACUCCAAAGUUUGCUUAAUAAAUGCCACAGCACUGGGCACAGAAAUCCUUAAAAGCCUGGUCCUACCGGGCAUAGGCUCCUUCACUAUUGUGGAUGGUGAAAAGGUCACCGAAGAAGAUAUUGGAUCCAAUUUCUUUUUAGAAAAUGACUCCGUGGGACUGUCCAGGGCACAGGUGGCCACCCAGUGCCUUCUGGAGCUAAACCCCGAUGUCAGGGGGGACUACAUUGAUGAGUCUGCCGAGCAUAUCAUAUCAAACACCCAGAAUUUCUUCAAGAAUUUCGAUGUUGUUAUUGGCACAGCGCUGUCUGAAAAGGUUCUUCUAUCUCUCUCGAGACACCUCUGGGAAUGCGAUGUUCCCCUUCUAGUAUGUCGUAGCAUAGGCUUCCUGGGGUACAUCCGCUUACAAAUCAAAGAACACACCGUCAUAGAGGCGCACCCGGACAGCGAGAGUCCAGACUUGAGGCUGGACAAACCGUGGCCAGCCCUCAAAGAAUACCUGGACAGCAUCAACAUCGAGCAGCUGGACCAGAAGGAGAAAAGCCACGUGCCCCCCUUGGCUAUUUUGCACUAUUAUCUGAAUAAAUUCAAGGCUGCCCACGAUGGUAAAUUACCGGAAACCAGAGCGGAAAAGGAGCAACUGAAGCAAAUGAUUAAGGACAGCGGCCACUCGGAGGAGGGCAACAACAGAUUUAUCCUGGAAGAGAAUUUCGAGCAGGCGGUGCACUAUGCCAACACUUGUGUGAACACUAGGGCGGUGCCAGAUCACGUGAAGGCCAUAUUGGAGGACGACAGCUGCAUAAACUUGACCCAAACGAGCUCCCAAUUCUGGAUCAUGUGUUCUGCCUUAAGGGAAAUGGUGGAGGCAGAGGGGGCGCUGCCCCUAAAGGGCACCCUGCCCGACAUGGCCGCAGAUACCCAGAGCUACGUCACGUUACAGAAUAUUUAUCAGAAACACGCUCAAAACCAGGCGGAAAGCAUUUAUAGGAGGGCCACGCAGCUGGCAAGGAACUUGGGGUUGCCUCAGGACACUAUUACUGAUAGCGAGGUCAAGUAUUUCUGCAAACACUCGAGCGAACUGCACCUGAUCAGGGGCAGUUGUAUAGCAGACGAAUAUGAAAAAACCAGCCUGGACUUGAGCUCUUAUCUAGAAGACCCUGAUAGCUUGAUCUUUUACUAUGUGAUGCUCAGGGGCUUGGAGAGGUUCCUUGGGGAGUUUAACGCUUAUCCCGGACAGCUGGAUGACCAAGUGGAGCCCGAUAUAUUAAAAUUAAAAAGUAUCAUAGGGAAACUGCUUAACGAAUGGGGCUAUUCGCAUGUCUUGAGGGACGAAAGGGUGCACGAGGUGUGCAGGUAUGGAGGGGCGGAGCUCCAUUCGGUUUCCUCCAUUUUGGGAGGCUGCGCCGCCCAGGAGGUUAUCAAAGUGAUCACCCACCAGUAUAAGCCGUUGAAUAACACUUUCAUUUAUGAUAUUAUUAAUUCUACUUCCGGCACUUUUUGCAUGUAAUUAUUAUGAUGCUUUUAGUGUAUAAAUAAAUAUUAAUUAAUAAA